AUGCCGCCCGUUCUUGCUUCUAUUGGUACUGUCCUCAUCGACGCGUUCGACACUCUUCCUCGACCUGUCGUGGAUGAUGUCUCGCCAGAGUACUCGAGCCCAACCUCUCCUGGAGUACCCCAACCUCCCAUGAGUAACGUCCCUCCUCCUCUCUUCAUACCCCCCUCCCAUCUCCGUUUAUCUCCGUCAUUGUCCUCGCCGAGUGCGUCCGCACCGUCGGGUCCUUCUACCCCUCAGCUCUCCUUGGAUGACAUCCCCGUCCCCAACGCUGAGGAAGUGUACGAGAUGCUGGGAGGCGGUGGCCUCUUUGCACUAGUGGGUGCCCGUAUCUGGCUGCCGCCUAGUCGGUUACGUGCUCUUGCGAAUCGCGCACCGCCUGAAGAGGAUGAUUGUCCGAAAGACAUCGAAGACAGGCUCAACAAGCUUGGCGAGGAAAUAUGGGUAUGGAACCGUGGUCCGGGGGUCAAGAUGACUCGGGCUCGUAUACGGUACGAGGGCAAUGUUAGAUACUUUCAGCCGAUAGUCAAGGCUCCUCAUUGGUCAUGGACCGAUAUGUGUGAAUCUCCACUCCGAGACUCUGAAUAUCUUCACAUAGCUCCUCCUUACUCUCCCAAAGACGUCUUUGAUCUGAUCGAGGAGCAAAAGGCAAGCAAGGGACAGACCUGGAAUCCCAAGGUUGUCUUUGAGCCUACUCCGCCGUCGUGUCAUGCUGGGCAGCGGGAAUGGCUAGAGAAAAUUUUACCACACAUCCACGUUCUUUCCCCCAACCACGAAGAGCUCUUCUCAUUCUACGACAUUCCCACCAUGUCUGUCCAAUCUCCGUCUCUCCGGCCGACGGUUGAGCAUCUUGUGACGUCCCUCAUCCACGACGUUGGCAUUGGCGCCGACGGUGAGGGUAUAAUCGUGAUCCGAUGUGGCUCCCUUGGUUCUUGUGUCGGUACAAAACAAGGCGGGCUCAAGUGGUGCCCGGCGUACUGGGAUAAAGAGAACAGCAAGCGGGUCAAAGAUGUUACAGGAGCUGGCAACUCUUUCUUGGGAGGCUAUGUCGCCGGCCUGCACCUUUCCGACAAUCCGUACGAGGCUGCACUUUACGCUACCGUCUCCUCCUCCUUCGUUGUUGAGCAAUUUGGCCUUCCAUCUCUCACGGGUGCCGAUGCCAGCACAGGAGAAGAAGAGUGGAACUCUGACAACCCCAGCCGAAGACUUCGCCAUCUUAAAAAACGUCUUCUCGCCAUUUGCAACUGA